AUGCAGUUACGAAUUGAACAGAGUUUCUUUGAUCAAGAAUUUAAAACAUUCUUGGAAACAUUAGAGAUCGAGUCUUUGGAAACAAAUUCAGUGGGUAAAACAUCUGAGAUAACUGGACUGGCCUUUGGCAUGCUUAUAUACUGGCCGGUCAGCGAUAUACUUGAAAGAGAAGCGUUGACUUCAAAAGAAGUUGUCAAUGAAGCUGGACACCAGAUUCACGAUUUGGUUUUAUGGUGCAGUGGGUGUGACUUAAGCGACUACACGACCUUUGCGACAACAAGAUAUGGCAAUUGCUACACAUUGCAGUACAUUGAAGUCAGUGAUGUAGAUCCAGUUAAAGGGCAGAAGACACCCCAAGAUUUAAAGCUGUACAUGUACUUGGAACCAGACGAAUAUAUUCCUAUAUUAACACAAAGUAAAGGCGUUCAGAUAGAAAUACACGAGUUGGGAGCAUUACCCGAUCCUGAAAAUAAAGGCAUAUCUCUCUUACCUGGGACACAGUCUAACAUUGCCUUGCGACUGACUAAAUCCAUUCACAUGAAGAGACCUUAUGGUGAUUGUAUGGACAUGAGUGAUAUAAAUACUACAAACUUUUAUCAAUUGAACUAUAGCUAUGGAAUUAAGUUUUGCGAGAAACUCAUUUUAGCAGAUAUUGUUCAAGAAAAAUGUGGCUGUUUGUCAAUGCUGUUUGAUUUGCUGGUGGACGUCAAGGAAAAUAAAGAGAUUCACAGUUGUAUAGAAAAUAAAACUGAGCAUGAUUGCCAAUGGAAAGUCUUGCGCAAUGACAGACAUCUAGUGGAUUGUAAAAUACCGUGCAGUGAAAGCUCCUACUCCUACAGUGUUAGUUCUUCAGAGUGGCCUGAUGAUGCCCUUGCGGUAAUAAUUUCAAACAUAAUCUAA